AAGGAGUUGGUGUAAACUCUGUGACAUGACCUAGGUGAUUUUUGAAGAGGAAAGCACUUCUCUGUGAAUGACUCUUUAAACGGAAUAGGAAACUUUGUGUCCUGUAUUCGUUUGGCAAAUAGGAGAGAAAUGUCCUCUGUGGGGAGAUUAUGAAAGACCUGCUUUUAGUGUUUGUGUGGCUCCACUGAUAAUGAUCCUGUGUCCCAGGCAGAAGGCUCUAGGUUCAAAGCUCAAACCUCCACUGCUGAUCCUGCAUUGGUUGUGAUUGCUACAGAGUCCAGCCGUGCUUAACCCAGGAGAUGGACGUGUGAGAUCUGCAGGUUUUAUUCUAAUCUCUGCUUUUGUGUGCUUGUGGCCCCAGUUAAUGCCUGGCCACAAACAUCUGUGCUGUGUACUGCUGCUGCUGCACAAAGGAAGCUUCUAGGCUUUACUUAGGGAAGAUGGCUUUCUGGACGCAGCUGGGAUUGCUGCUAUGGAAGAACUUCACCUACAGAAGAAGACAGACUUUCCAGCUGCUGAUCGAAGUUGCCUGGCCCCUGUUUAUCUUCUUCAUCCUGAUCUCUGUAAGACUUUCAUAUCCGCCCUACGAGCAGCAUGAAUGUCAUUUUCCAAAUAAAGCUAUGCCUUCAGCAGGCACCUUGCCAUGGAUACAGGGGAUCAUCUGCAAUGCCAACAACCCUUGUUUCCGCUACCCGACUCCUGGGGAAUCCCCUGGUAUUGUUGGAAACUUCAAUGCCUCCAUUGUCUCCCGCCUGUUCUCAGAUGCCAAGAGGUUACUGUUGUACAGCCAACAGGACACAAGUAUAAAGGAUGUCCAGAAGGUCCUGGGAAAACUACGCAAGUUGGGAAACUCCUCUGGCUUAGACCUGAAACUUCGGGAUUUCCUGGUUGACAAUGAGACAUUCUCAGACUUCCUCCACCAUAAUGUGUCCAUGCCAUCAUCUGCAGUAGAGGAGUUACUGAAUGCAGGGGUCAACCUCCAGCAGGUCAUCGUGUCUGGUUAUCGAAUGCGACUGCGAGAUCUCUGCAAUAACUCAACGUCAUCCGAAUAUCUUAAAAUCCAAAAUCAGACGGUGGCCAUGGACUCUGAAGCCUUAAUUUGCACCUUGUCAAAGGAAAAACUCCAUGCAGCUGAGCAAGCCUUCCGUGCUAACCUGAAUCCUUUGAAGCCCCUUCAGAGACAACUUUCUUUCAAUUCCUCCUUGUGGGAUCUAUCAGAAACUGUGGAAACUUUGAGAGAAAGCAUUGGGAAGCUUGUUAAAGAGUUGCUGACUAUGAGGAGCUGGAGUGACAUGAGGCAAGAGGUGAUGUUCCUGACCAACGUGAACGCCUCAGACUCCUCUACACAGAUCUACCAGGCUGUGUCACGCAUCGUGUGCGGCCACCCUGAAGGUGGAGGGCUCAAAAUUAAAUCCCUUAACUGGUAUGAGGACAACAAUUACAAAGCACUGUUUGGAGGCAACAGCACUGAAGAUGAUGUAAUUAACUUCUAUGAUAACUCCACAACACCCUACUGCAAUGAGCUAAUGAAGAACCUGGAAUCCAGCCCGCUUUCCAGGAUUAUCUGGAGGGCUUUGAAACCCUUGCUGAUUGGGAAGAUCUUGUACACUCCAGACACACCAGCUGUAAGGAAGGUCAUGUCUGAGGUGAACAGGACAUUCCAGGAGCUGGGUGUGUUUCGUGACCUCGGGGGAAUGUGGGAGGAGAUAAGCCCAAAGAUUUGGACAUUUAUGGAAAGUAGUCAGGAAAUGGAUCUCGUUCGGACGCUGCUGAAAGGCAAAGCCCUCUGGGACCUGCACUUGCCAGCGUCCAACUGGACAGUGGAGGACGUUGCCCGUUUCCUGUCAAACCAUCCGGAGGACUUUGGGGCAGAAGAUGGCUCUGUGUAUACCUGGGUGGAUGCCUUCAAUGAGACAGACCGGGCUAUCCAGACCAUCUCCCGCUUCAUGGAGUGUGUCAACUUGGACAAACUGGAGCCUGUGGCCACAGAAGUCCGGCUUAUAAACAAGUCCUUGGAACUUCUGGAUCAAAGGAGGUUCUGGGCUGGCAUAGUCUUCAAUGAAAUAGCUCCUGACAGCACAGACCUCCCUCAACAUGUGAAAUACAAGAUACGCAUGGACAUUGAUAAUGUGGAAAGGACCAACAAGAUCAAGGAUGGGUACUGGGAUCCUGGUCCCCGUGCUGACCCCUUUGAGGACAUGCGCUAUGUCUGGGGAGGCUUUGCCUAUCUGCAGGAUGUGGUGGAACAGGCUAUCAUCAGGGUGCAGACAGGCACGGAGAAGAAGACAGGAGUUUAUGUGCAGCAGAUGCCCUACCCGUGUUAUGUGGAUGACAUAUUUCUGCGUGUCAUGAGCCGCUCCAUGCCCCUCUUCAUGACACUAGCCUGGAUCUAUUCAGUGGCUGUGAUAAUUAAGGGUAUUGUGUAUGAGAAGGAAGCCCGGCUGAAAGAGACAAUGAGGAUUAUGGGACUUGACAAUGGCAUCCUUUGGUUAAGCUGGUUCAUUAGCAGCCUAGUCCCUCUCCUGAUGAGUGCAGGACUGCUGGUGCUGAUCCUGAAGAUGGGGAAUCUGCUGCCUUACAGCGACCCUAGUGUGGUGUUUGUUUUCCUCUCGAUCUUCGCCAUUGUGACCAUCCUGCAGUGCUUCCUCAUCAGCACAGUGUUCUCCAGGGCCAACCUGGCAGCUGCCUGUGGGGGCAUUGUCUAUUUCACCCUGUACCUGCCUUACGUGCUGUGUGUUGCCUGGCAGGACCACAUCAGCUUCUCACUCAAGAUUUUUGCGAGCCUGCUGUCUCCAGUAGCCUUUGGUUUUGGUUGUGAGUACUUUGCACUGUUUGAGGAGCAGGGUGUUGGUGUUCAGUGGGACAACUUCUUUGAGAGCCCAUUGGAAGAAGAUGGCUUUAGCAUCACCACAUCUGCCGUCAUGAUGCUCUUUGAUACGUUCCUGUAUGGAGUCAUGACCUGGUACAUCGAAUCUGUCUUCCCAGGCCAGUAUGGGAUUCCCAGACCCUGGUACUUUCCUUUCACAAAGUCGUAUUGGUUUGGUGAGGAACCACAGGACAGGCAGCAGCCUCAUCCUGAUCAGAAGGGGUCUUCAGAGGUCUGCAAGGAGGAAGAGCCGGUGCAUUUGAGUCUUGGUGUUUCCAUCCAGAACCUGGUCAAGGUUUAUCGUGAUGGCAAGAAAGUUGCUGUAGAUGGUCUCACACUGAACUUCUACGAAGGACAAAUCACCUCCUUUCUGGGACAUAAUGGAGCAGGGAAAACCACUACCAUGUCCAUCUUGACUGGCUUGUUCCCCCCAACUUCGGGUACAGCCUUCAUCCUGGGCAAAGAUAUCCGCUCUGAGCUCAGCGCCAUCAGGCAGAACCUGGGUGUAUGUCCACAACACAACGUGCUGUUUGACUUGCUGACUGUGGAGGAGCACAUCUGGUUCUAUGCUCGGCUCAAAGGGCUGCCGGAAAAGAAGGUGAAAGAGGAGAUGGAGCAGAUGGCAACAGAUGUUGGUUUGCCUCACAAAUUGAAAGCUAGGACAAGCAGACUCUCUGGUGGCAUGCAGAGGAAGCUCUCUGUUGCCUUAGCGUUUGUUGGUGGUUCCAAGGUUGUCAUUCUGGAUGAGCCUACAGCUGGGGUGGAUCCUUAUUCUCGCAGAGGGAUAUGGGAACUGCUUCUGAAGUAUCGGCAAGGUCGCACUAUCAUUCUCUCCACACACCACAUGGAUGAGGCAGACAUUUUGGGGGACCGGAUUGCCAUCAUUUCUCAUGGCAAGCUCUGCUGUGUUGGCUCUUCUCUCUUCCUGAAGAACCACCUGGGAACAGGCUAUUACUUGACCCUGGUCAAGAAGGAUGUGGAUUCCUCUCUGAGCUCCUGCAGAAACAGCAGCAGCACAGUGUCCUAUCUGAAAAAGGAUGACAGUGUUUCCCAGAGCAGCUCUGAUGCUGGCCUUGGCAGUGACCAUGAAAGUGACACACUUACAAUAGAUGUCUCUGCAAUUUCAAAUCUCAUUACAAAACAUGUUUCUGAGGCCAGACUAGUGGAGGACAUUGGCCAUGAAUUAACCUAUGUCUUGCCAUACAAGGCUGCUAAAGAGGGAGCUUUUGUGGAGCUGUUCCAUGAAAUUGAUGACCGUCUUUCUGAUCUUGGCAUUUCCAGCUAUGGCAUCUCUGAAACUACCCUGGAAGAGAUCUUCCUGAAAGUGGCUGAUGAUAGUGGUGUGGAUGCAGAAACCUCAGAUGGGACAUUGCCAGCCAGAAGGAACAGACGUGUGUUUGGAGAUAGACAGAGCUGCCUUCGUCCAUUUACAGAAGAUGAUGCAUUUGAUCCUAAUGAUUCAGACAUAGAUCCAGCAGAAUCCAGAGAGACAGACCUUCUCAGUGGCAUGGAUGGGAAAGGCUCCUACCAAAUGAAGGGCUGGAAGCUCACCCAGCAGCAGUUCAUGGCUCUGUUGUGGAAGAGGAUGCUUAUUGCCAGGAGAAGCCGGAAGGGCUUCUUUGCCCAGAUUGUGCUGCCAGCUGUCUUUGUGUGUAUUGCUCUCAUGUUCAGCCUGAUUGUUCCUCCUUUUGGGAAGUAUCCCAGCCUGGAAUUACAACCCUGGAUGUACGAUGAGCAGUACACUUUUAUUAGCAAUGAUGCUCCUGAAGAUGCAGGCACUCAGAAGCUUUUGGAUGCCCUUCUUGAUAAGCCUGGUUUUGGGACACGCUGUAUGCAGGGACAUUCCAUCCCAGACACUCCUUGCACUGUGGGGCAGAAGGAAUGGACCACUGCUUUGGUCCCGGAGUCAGUCCAGGACAUCUUCUUGAAAGGCAAUUGGAGCAUGGAGAACCCUUCCCCAUCUUGUGAGUGCAGCAAUGAGAAGAUCAAGAAGAUGCUGCCUGUGUGCCCUCCUGGUGCAGGAGGGCUGCCACCGCCACAGCGAGAGCAAGACACUGCUGACAUCCUCCAGAACCUGACAGGCCGCAAUAUAUCAGACUACCUAGUGAAGACCUACGCGCAGAUCAUCGGGAAAAGCUUAAAGAAUAAGGUCUGGGUGAAUGAGUUCAGGUAUGGUGGCUUUUCCUUGGGAGCCAGCAGUUCCCUCGUGCUUCCUCCAAGCCAUGAAGUCACCGAUGCCAUUAAACAGGUGAAGAAAAUCUUUGAGCUAGCACAGGGAAGUUCUGGAGAUCGAUUUCUCAACAGCUUGUCAAGUUUCAUGAAAGGCCUGGAUACAAAGAACAAUGUGAAGGUGUGGUUUAACAACAAGGGCUGGCAUGCCAUUGCAUCCUUCCUGAAUGUGAUCAACAAUGCCAUCCUUCGAGCCAACCUGCAGCAGGGUGAAAACCCCAGUGCCUACGGGAUCACUGCCUUCAAUCACCCUCUGAACCUCACCAAGCAGCAGCUCUCUGAAGUAGCCCUGAUGACCACCUCUGUGGACGUCCUCGUCUCCAUCUGUGUGAUCUUUGCCAUGUCCUUUGUUCCUGCCAGCUUUGUGGUUUUCCUUAUUCAAGAACGUGUCAGCAAGGCCAAACACCUGCAGUUCAUCAGUGGUGUGAAGCCUGUGAUCUACUGGGUGGCCAACUUUGUCUGGGAUAUGUGCAACUACAUUGUUCCAGCCACAUUAGUUGUCAUCAUCUUCAUCUGCUUCCAACAGAAGUCCUAUGUAUCCUCCUCCAACUUGCCUGUGCUGGCUCUCCUUCUGUUUCUCUAUGGGUGGUCCAUCACCCCUCUCAUGUAUCCAGCCUCCUUCGUGUUCAAAAUCCCCAGCACAGCAUAUGUUGUGCUGACUAGUGUGAAUCUCUUCAUUGGCAUCAAUGGCAGUGUGGCCACCUUUGUCCUGGAGCUCUUCACCAACAACAAGCUGAAGGACAUCAAUGACAUUCUGAAGUCUGUCUUCCUCAUCUUCCCCCACUUCUGCCUGGGGCGGGGACUCAUUGACAUGGUGAAAAACCAGGCCAUGGCUGAUGCUCUGGAGAGGUUUGGAGAGAACCGUUUUGUGUCCCCUCUGUCGUGGGACCUGGUGGGAAGGAACCUCUUUGCCAUGGCAGUAGAGGGUGUUGUUUUUUUUCUCAUCACAGUGCUCAUCCAGUACAGGUUCUUCAUAAAACCCAGGCCUGUCUAUGCCAAGCUGCCUCCUGUGAAUGAUGAAGAUGAGGAUGUAACCAGAGAGAGACAGAGGAUAAUUAGUGGAGGGGGACAGAGUGACAUCUUGGAAAUCAAGGAGCUAACCAAGAUUUACAGAAUGAAGCGAAAGCCAGCAGUUGAUAGGAUAUGUGUUGGAAUCCCCCCUGGAGAGUGCUUUGGACUCCUGGGAGUAAAUGGUGCUGGCAAGUCAUCCACUUUUAAGAUGCUAACUGGUGAUACAGAUGUGACAGGAGGAGAAGCUUUCCUCAAAGGAAACAGUAUCCUCUCCAACAUUCAAGAAGUCCAUCAGAACAUGGGCUACUGCCCACAGUUUGAUGCUGUUAAUGAACUGCUGACAGGGCGAGAGCACCUGGAGUUCUUUGCUCUCCUGAGAGGUGUUCCAGAGAAAGAAGUCUGCAAGGUUGGCGAGUGGGCAAUUCGGAAACUGGGCCUUGUGAAAUAUGGAGAGAAAUACGCUGGGAAUUACAGCGGGGGGAACAGGCGCAAGCUCUCCACGGCCAUUGCCCUCAUUGGAGGGCCACCUGUGGUGUUCCUGGAUGAGCCAACGACAGGGAUGGAUCCCAAAGCACGUCGUUUCUUGUGGAACUGCGCUCUGAGUGUGAUCAAGGAGGGGAGAUCAGUGGUGCUCACAUCUCACAGCAUGGAAGAAUGUGAAGCCCUGUGCACUCGAAUGGCGAUAAUGGUCAACGGGCGGUUCAGGUGUCUGGGCAGCGUCCAGCACCUAAAGAACAGGUUUGGAGAUGGUUACACCAUAGUGGUGAGAAUUGCAGGGGCAAACCCAGACCUGAAGCCUGUUGAGGAGUUCUUUGGGCAUGCCUUCCCUGGAAGUGUCCUGAAGGAAAAGCAUCGGAAUAUGCUGCAGUACCAGCUUCCUUCUUCACCAUCCUCCCUGGCCAAAAUAUUCAGUAUUCUCUCCCAGAACAAAAAGAGACUCCACAUAGAAGACUACUCCGUUUCUCAGACAACACUUGACCAAGUAUUUGUCAAUUUUGCUAAGGACCAAAGCGACGACGACCAUAGCAAGGACCUGUCAUUACACAAAAACCAGACUGUGGUAGACAUUGCAAUCCUUAAUUCCUUCCUGCAAGAUGAGAAGGUAAAAGAAAGUUGUGUGUGAGCCAAUUUCAUCAAAGAAAUGAUGAGCAGAAUGCAAACUUCCUUUCCCUGGGAUAGGAUACUCCCAAAGAAGAAGCUAGAGGAAAAGAAACUGGACACUCUACUGAUAACCAUUCAAUGCAAUGCAAUUCAAUGCAAUGAAAACAAUUCCUUUACAGGGGCAGUGCCUCAUGGAGUCGUCUUGUACUGUUUUCAAGUGAAAGACUUGAAUUUAGCUCCUUACAGUAUAACUCUGAAGCUGUGGUAAAGCACCCACUAGAUGCUGUGGGCUUUAAACCAUACUGUAUCUUGUUCUGCACAGUAUGUUUUUCUUAGGGUUGCUAAAAUAAUUCACUGAGGAGUCAGGGCCAGUGGUUACUUACAGGUAUUUUAGACAUGCAUGUUUCAGUUUUUAGAACGUUCAUGUCAGGAGUGGGAAUUUGCUGGUGCUACAUCCAUUGCUGGCAAUGAAUGUACCAGAACAGUCAGUGGCAAGAAAAGUCACCACCAGUGUUGUAGCCUUAGAUUGAGAAAACUUACCUGACCAGCUGCUUUUUCUAGACUGGUAUAGAUCAGUAGUGACAAAUCUGAGGCCACAAAGCAGUACUGUGGAGGUGGGAUGGCAAGAGAUGGGCCAUGAUAACCAUGUAUCUUCAUCAGCAAGUUGUGAUAUGCAGAACUGUGUACCCUCCAAAUGCUUAUGAUUGUCCCACCAGCAUCACAAUCAAUAACACACUCUGACUAGGUGUUUGUGUAGUUAAGUACUUUACUGUUCCUUUGAGGUACUGCAGCAGCUGCAUGAAUAUCUAGUGGGAGGAAGUGGGUGAGAAGCAGACCUAGGGUUUGGACCACAGCAGCGAACUCAGUAGUUGUACAAGCUGCUAAUGCCAAGAGCAAAUUCUAAGUCAUGAGCUGUCACUCAGAUUUGUAGUAUCUGCUCUUUAACCUCUCACAAGUUCCUGCCUGUUCUCUUGUCCCAUUGCUGGGCACCCCCAAGCAGAGCCUGGUCCAUCCUCUGACAGACAUGGAUGAGGUCCCCUCUCAGUGUCUCUUCUCAAGGCUGAACAGCCCCAGCUCCCUCAGCCUUUCCUCAUAAGGAGAUGCUCCAGUCCCUUUAUCAUCUCCACAGCCUCUGCUGCACCUGCUCCAGGAGCUUUCUCUUGUCCUGAGGAGCCCAGACCUGGACACAGCAGUGCAGAUGUGCCUCACUAGGGCUGAGCAGAGGGGCAGGAUCACCCCCUGACCUGCUGGUAAUGCUCUUCCCAAUGCACCCCAGGAUCCAAUUGCCCUUCUUGUCCCCCAGGACACAGUGCUGGCUUAGGGACAGCUUGUCCACCAGAACCCCCAGGGCCUUCUUUGCAGAGCUGUUCUCCAGCAGAUCAGCCCCAGGCUGUGCUGGUGCCUGGGGCUGUUCCUCCUCAGAUGUAGAUAAGCAAGAAUAAGAUGUAGAAAGACAAGUGGUAGAUUUAUAACUGACCAGUUUACUAUGGUGUUUCUAAUAAGAAAAAAAUACCCAAGCCAAACAUACUGCUCGAAGAUGUUAGUUUUUUAUGUACACCUUUGUCUAUAAUUUGUCCCUUAGUAUUAUAAGGUAAUUGCAGCUUAUAAAUCAGCUGGUAACAUUUUAUCUUCAUUCUGCUGGAAGAGACCUUUCUCUUCACUGAAGUAAUUACUUUUGACAACAAUCCAUUGAAGAGAUCACUGAAGUCUUCACCAGUUACGUGAUUCCAGUCCUUAACUGUAACAUGUAAUUCCUCUGAAAGAACACAGAUAAAAAGUUUAUUUUUCAAGACUAGAAAAGUCCUGGUCCUCCUUUGCUGUAGUUUCCAGAAAUUUCUGCCCCACUGAAGUCAAAUCCAGGGUUCUCUCUUUGGAAUCGCUCCAGUGUAAGCUUCCUCUGCAUCUGGUCCUGUACCCAAGGAUCAGCAGCGUAUUCAUUUUCUAACAGAGAUGUCCAACAGUUUCCAGCAUCUCUAUUUGUCUUCGUUAGAACAAUUCGUAUCAGCUGCCUGUCUUCUAAUGUCCAUGUUCCUUCAUCAGUUACUGUAGAGUCAGAAAGUUUACUCUGCAGCAGCUCCCGCCCUUGUGUGGCCAGCGUGAUGUCACGGCUGCCCAGGCUGCAGCGCUCGUCCUUGGCGCACACCUUGAUGAAAACCUCCUCCUUGGCACACACCUCGAUGAAAACCUCCUCCAGCGCCUGGUACCAGCGGCCCCAGGGCGUCCCGCAGGGCACCGCCCCACCGCGCUCCUCGAACGGCACCGAUAUGGGGCACGGCGGCUCCAGGGGGCACAGCUCGGCACACUUUACCUGCUCUUCAGGCCCUUUAAGGGGUACGAGGGGUCUCUCAUCAAACUCACCUCCAGGCAGCCCGUGGGCUUCGUCAGCUUCAACAGCCGCUCCGAGGCAGAGGCGGUGAAGAACGCUCUGAACAGCAUCUGCUUCGACCCUGAGAUCCCCCGGACACUGCGGCUGGAGUUCGCCAAGGCCAACACCAAGAUGGCAAGAGCAAGCUGGUGGGCACCCCAAAUCCCAGCACCCCUUUCCCCACCACCGUACCUCAGUUCAUCGCCCGGGAGCCCUAUGAGCUCACAGUGCCUGCACUUUACCCCAGUAGCCCUGAAGUGUGGGGGCCGUACGCUCUGUACCCAGCGGAAUUAGCACCUGCUCUGCCUCCUCCUCACCUAUCCCGCUUCGCUGCACUGUCCCAAGAGCUCCCCCAUCCCCCCCCCCUUUUUUUUUCUUUUAAUAAUAAUCACCAGUUUUAUUAUUAAAAAAAUUCCCAGAAAUAAUUAUUCCCAGAAGCGGAGUAGACAAUGUGGAAGUUUCUCUCCUCUCCCUGAGACAAAGUACAGGAAAUAGUUUGUAAACCGCAGGGACCGCUGCCCUCAGCCCCCCAUGGCCCCCACCCCGCUGACAGAUUUUUUAAUUUUGUUUUUAAACAGUAUUAUUUAUGACUUUAAAUAUGUAGGUAGCAUAAUUAGGGAUUGAAAACACUGUCAGCUGAUCUCUGUAGCCACACUAUUCCUUCACAUUAUGCCCCAAUGCUAUGCUCUCUUUCUAUCUAUUUGGUGGAUAGCUGCAUUCAUGAUGGGGAUGAUGGAAGACUUCCUGAGGUGCAGGUUGAUAGAAAACUUCUGUCUUCUUUAAGCUGACUUCCAGCCCAAAAAGCUCGGCAGCCUCUGCAAAGCAGGAUGUUAAAGGCUGCAGAGCUGCUUCUGUGUAAGCAACAAGGGUGGUGGCAUCAGCAUAAAGCAGCUCCCGGACAAGAUGGUUUAAGGUCUUGGUGUGGGCCUUCAGUUGCCUUAGGUUGAAAAGGCCUCCAUCAGUACUGUAUGGAAUGUAGAUACCGUCCUGAUCCUCGAGGUCUGCCAUGGCCCUUUGGAGCAUCCUGCUGAAAAAGAUUGUGAAUAGGGUUGGUGCGAGAACACAGCCUUGUUUCACACCGUUUUUUAUUAGAAAGGGCUCAGAAAGUGCAUUGCCAUAUCUGACUUGGCCGUGCUGAUCCUCAUGGAGUGAGAUGAUCACUUUAAGGAAUUUAGGGGGACAACCUAAACGUUCCAAAAUCUGCCACAGACCUUUUCUGCUCACAGUAUCAAAAGCCUUGGUGAGGUCAGCAAAGGUUCCAUAGAGACCUUUGUUCUGUUCCCUACACUUCUCUUGCAGUUGUCUGAGAACAAACACCAUGUCUGUGGUGCUCCUGUUGGCUCUGAAACCACAUUGGCUUUCAGGUAGAAUUCCUUCUGCAAUAGUGGGUAUUAGUCUGUUCAAGAGUACUCUUGCCAGGAUUUUGCCAGCAAUGGAGAGCAGAGUAAUACCACGGUAAUUUGAGCAGUCUGAUUUCAUUCCUUUCUUCUUAUACAAAGUGAUGAUGACUGCAUCACAAAGGUCUGAUGGUAGUUGGCCUAGUUCUCAACAGCAUACUGCAAACUCAUGACAUUUAGCAUGGAGUGCAAGGCCCCCAUGUUUCCAGACUUCAGGUGGAAUUCCAUCAAUCCCAGCUGCCUUGCCAGUUUUCACCUGCUGUAUGGCCUUGAGGGUUUCUCCCAUAGUAGGGGCAAUAUCCAAUUCAUUCUUCACCAGUUGUUGUGUGAUGGACUGAAUUGCUGAGUCUUGGACUACAUGGCUAGUACUGAAAAGAGUCUGGAAGUGUUCAGACCAAAGAUUCAGAAUGGAGGUUUUAUCUGUCAGAAGCGUUUGACCAUCUGUGCUGAGUAGAGGGCUUUGGACCUGGUAUGUAGGCCCAUAUGCUGUUUUCAAGGCCUCAUAGAAUCCUCUGUGAUCACCCAUAUCUGUGCAUAAUUGAGUUUUUUCUGCUAGAUUGGUCCACCACUUGUUCUGGAUGUCACGGAGUUUCUGCUGGAGCUUGCUGCAUGCGAGACGAAAGGCAGCUUUUCUUACGUGACAGGAUGGCAGUGCAAGGUGUGCUUUGUGAGCAGUUCUCUUCUUCCUCAACAAUUCCUGGAUCUCUUGAUUGUUUUCAUCAAACCAGUCCUUGUUCCUCUUGAAGGAGAACCCUAAGAAUUCUUCAGAGGACUGCAGGAUGCUAUUUUUAAUAUGUUGCCAAAGUGUUUCAGGAGAGGGAUCUAUAGAAUGAUUUUCGAGCCUAGUUUGAAGAUUUGCCUUAAAUCUGUCUCUUACUGUGGCUGUUUGAAGAUUGUUAACUUGGAGUCUCCUCCUUGGGAUACGUUAUACAUGUGACAACUGCUUCAGUAAAAAUCCCCUUGGAGAACAAGAUAGUUUGAAAUAGUAGCACUGCAGUUCAUCAAUCAAUUUUUCAAGUUUUACAAGGCCAGAAUAAUAUUAGAGGGGAAAUGAUAUAGUGAGAACAACAAAUUCUUGUUCACAUUGUACAACAGUCAUGGGAAAGUAUGCUUUCAGGGCCCCUUUGUCUUGCUUUACUUUCAGAAAUGGGUUCAGUAACGAGGUUUGAACCUAAGUGCAGUUCCUGGGCUAUUCCUUUGUCAUGUCUCUGCCUUAAACACCCACACAGUUUCUGCACUACUUCUUGAUGCUACUCCAUGAAUCAAUCAUGGACCAUUUUCUUCUGUGAAUGUUCCUAACAGCCCAGCAAACAAUGAAGAGGCUGGCAUGAGCCUGAAGAAGGUUGAUGACCUAUUUCCAAGUACACUUGGUAACACUGACCAACUCAGCAUUUUUAAAACACAGUUAAACCAAGUUCCCAGUCUCUCCAUGUUCUGUCUUGAGGUGAAGUUAGAGCUUACUCCAGGCUCUGCAGAAGUGCCUUUUCCAUACCUUUUUUUUUUUAAUCUGUAUAAUACAUAGCUAAAGGGGAUUGAGAAAGGAGUGUAAAGGGGAUCGGUAUACCUCACUUUAAACAUACUUUGUUAUUACCUUUAUAGCAUCACUCUAUGGGGAUGAGUACAGGGUGAUGAACACAUCAGACUUCCAGGUGCGAAAACAGCUGAGUUACAGCCAUUGCUCCAUAACAGGCUGCAAGUAUGUUGCAGUAUCAUUGAAACAAGUAGCAUGUACUGGAUGCUUACCACUGCUAAAAACCACUGUUAUGAAUCAGCAUCAAGUCGCUGAAGUGAAGGGCUUAAAGUUUUGCACUGCACCAAACUAGUGCAUGUAGAACUAGAACGAGUUCUAGGAGGAUUUGGAUUUGGUCCUGAAAGGGCUGUGGUUUGCUCUUGGUAGCUGCUCAUUUAAAUUAUUAAUUUAUCAGGAAACAACACUUACGUCAUCCUCUUUCCUUAGCCAAACAAAAAGAUUCUUGAUUCCUGUUGCCCUGUGAUUGUCAUGCUUAAAGGGUCUGCUAUCUGUGCUAAAACGUUACAGUGGAUAUUAACCAAACUAUUUCACAGCUCUGAUCUGCCUUGUUUGUACUGAACAGACAGCAUAAUGCAACACUGGCAUGAAGAUUUGUCAUGGAGUAAGUUCAGACAGCCACUAAUUUACUCGUUCAAGUAUGUGUUGGGGAAAAAUCACUCUAGAGACACACGCAGUAUAUGAACCACUCUUGAUAAUGAAACUGCACUGAGGUGUUAACUUAUUUUAAACUGCAGUACUAUUGACAUGUUGCAUCCCUCUUUGUAGUACAUUUGUAUUUCAGUAAGGAGUUGUUGGAUUUUCCCCUUGGUUAAACCACCACUUUGUGCUUAUCUUUCCCUCCUGAAUUGUAGUUGGCCCUUCGUUCCAAGCACUUUAUGCUAUCUGUAAUGGGAUCUAUUUUUGCACUGGAAUAUCUGUUAACUUUGCAAAAAUCUAGAGAGAUUUCACAACUGAAAUUUCUAAGUUAAAUCCUUAAGUGGACAUUUUCAUUAAAAACAACAAAAAAAGUAUAUAUAUUUGUAUUUGCUAAUAUCUGUUAUGUGAAGUAUUAAAAGGCACUCUGCCUUGUAUUAAGUAAAAAAUAAAGCUGUUUUAGCACCA